AUGACUUUUAACCACAACAUGUUACGAAUAUUUUUUUUCUGCGCAUGCACUCACGUUGUUGUAUUUGGAGACGUCGUUUCGGACUUAUUAGACAAACCAGACUCGCUGCGCAGUCCAAGUUUUCCUGUAUUCAAGCCCAACGUGGAUGCCCUGUCCCGUGUGGACCUGCUCACUACCCUCACAGAAUUCUCGGACGUCAGCCAGUAUUGCAAAGAACUUCUGGACUUGUUUGGGAAUCAAUAUGUGGCUUAUGUGAACUGUCUAGUGCCAGCAGCCCGACCUGUCAAAGUGUGCCAGAACUGCUUCGCAAGCUUCGUAAACCUAAAUAUAACAUACACAAACAUCUCAUCAGAUGAAAAAGGUCCAGGGGGUGAAGUCUGUCGGGACACUCUACUGCGAAGCGAUAGGCUGAUGUUAGUUUUUCUCCUGUUCAGUAACUUGGGAGGAAUAUGGGACAAAUCCCAUUGCAAAAAUUGCAUAUUAAGUGAUGGUUCAAGUUUAACCAAUGACACACUAUAUUUUCUGGCAAUCUUCAACCAGACAUACAACUGUUUUGAUCAGUACCAACAGGGUAACCACUCAGAACUGUGUAAGAACUGCAAAAGCACUUAUCGUGAUUUAAGCAACCUGUACAGUGACAUGGAAAAGAAUGAUACAAUGUGUAUAGACAUCGAGGACGCGAUGAACGCGACCCGCAGACACUGGAGCAAAACCUUUAACUGCUCAUUCCCACGUGAGGAAAACGUACCGAUCGUUGCCGUGUCCAGCUUCAUGCUUUUUCUGCCGAUCAUCUUCUACUUGAGCAGCUUCCUUCACUCGGAACAAAAGAAACGCAAGCUCAUACAGCCUAAAAGGGCACCACAAUACACCAGUUUGAUGAAUAUCCAGGACAAACUGAGUUGA